UUAGUCGAUUAGUUUUUACUUUAUAAUUCGAAUAAAGACCAACUCAAAGACCAUUCAUGUCUAACAAUAAUUGAACAGAGACAUCUAGGUGUCGAGAGAAUAGACUAUGACCAUAUGAUUGGAGCUUCAAAACAAAACAAACAUGGCAGGACGAAUACCUUCCAAAACUUUGUCUUUAAAACAGUUUAUGACAAGGCAGCAAGUGUUGAAACUGUAUAGAGACAUUUUAAAGGCAAUUCAAAGAAUACCUGAUGACAGGAACAGGAAUGAAUUAAAAGACUGGGCAAGGAGUGACUUCAAGCAACACAAAAACCAGACUGACGAGCAUAAAAUAAAGGCUCUGAUUUUUCACGGAGAGAGAUCUUUGAAGGAGUUGAACCAAUCUUUGGAUUUGAGCAACAACUGAAUAACACCAAACUCGUGAAUUAAUCAGCUCAAUCUGAGGUUGUUAUGUAUUUAUCAUA